GAAGAUGGGUGGUGGAGAGAGGUAUAACAUUCCAGUUUCCCAAUCUAGAAAUGUUAGUAAGAACCAACAACAGCUUAAUAGACAGAAGACCAAGGACCAGAAUUCCCAGAUGAAGAUUGUUCAUAAGAAAAAAGAAAGAGGACAUGGUUAUAACUCAUCAGCAGCUGCAUGGCAGGCCAUGCAAAAUGGGGGCAAGAACAAAGUACACUUUUCAAAUAAUCAAAAUUGGAACUCUAGUUUAUCAAGUUCCAGCUUACUUUUUAAGUCUCAAACUAGUCAGAACUAUGCUGGAGCCAAAUUUAGUGAGCCACCAUCACCAAGUGUUCUUCCUAAACCACCGAGCCACUGGGUUCCUGUUCCCUUUAAUCCUUCUGAUAAGGAAAUAAUGACAUUUCAGCUUAAAACGCUACUUAAAGUGCAGGUAUAAAAUAAGAAAAUACUUAUGUUUAAAUUUAGGCAUCACAUUUAAAACUAGUUGUCAGUUGGUCUGAAACAAAUUCAUUAGUGAAUUACUCUGUAUAAA